AUGGAAAAAGUCAAAGAGAUCAGCCAGAAUUUUGCGAAGGCUGUUGUCGCAGGAAACAGAAGUGGAAGCGGUAAGAUUGUAUACGAAUUUUACGAGAAACUAAUUUUAAUAUGGGGUGGAUCAGCUGAUAUCAAGCCUCUUCCUUAUGGUAUGACAGCAGAUGAUCUUGUGGAGGAAAGCAGUGCUGAAGAUGAUUCCAACUUUUUCAACUAUGACGAAAUUGAUCGGGAAAUACUGUUAGCAGAGGAAAAUGAGAAAGAAAAUGUUCAAGAGGAUGAUUUUGAAAAGGAGGGUAUGGAAGAAUCCACCAGCACAAGCGAAGUUGUUCCAAGUAAGCGAAAGGGGAACUGUGUACCUCAGUUGAUUGAUAACAAGCGUAAACAUUUGGAGCGGAACUUAUCGGCUGCUCAUCGAGACCAAUUGCUCAUCAAAGAAGCAAAAGAAGACUCCAAAUUCAAAAAAGAUUUGGCUGAUGUUAUGCGUGAAUCAUCCAACAAGUUUGCUGAAAGUGUCAAAGUUAUUGGUCAGUCGAUGACUGAUCUUGGUACAGGUAUUAGCCGUUCAAUUGAAAUGUUAUCUGGUGCAAUUAUGCAUCAAGCCCACCCAAAUAACCAGAAUGUGUUUUACCAGCAGCGUGGAUAUCAACAACAUAUGCCAAAUAAUGGCACAUAUUCCCAAUACGUGAACCUGCAACAGGUUCAACAACCUGAACAGCAAAAUGAGGAAAGCACAUAUUAUUUCAAGUAA